UUCUAAGAUUCUUUCAAUUCCCCAAAAAUCUCAACUCUUCCCCGUAAAUGACUGUUCUUCUUAUUCUUCUUCUACUGAACAACUGCCGCUCUCAGCCAUAACCAUGGAAGAGAAAGACAGAGACCACCGUCGCCGUGACUCUCCAUCUCCAGAAACGGCCGUCUGGAACAACCCCAUUUCCUCGAAAUCCUUCCCUUCCCCAACCACCCUCCUCGUCUCAAAGGUACGCUUCUUCUACUAUUUCCAACGGCAUGUCGUUUUGGGUCUCAGAUGUUUUGGAUCGGCUCGCUAUUCUCAGCGGCAAGGCCAUGCCCUUCCUCUAUUCUUGGUCCUGUAAAAGCAAUGGUUUUCUCAUCCACGGUAGAAGCAAGCCGAGGUGAUGCGGAAGUGAGCCCUGCAGCACGAAUUAAGUUGGAUGGUGCCUUCGAUUGUUUGAGAUCUCUGCCUCAACUGGGUAAAUGUAUCGAUGAUAUUCGAGCUAUAUUUCGAAAUCGGCAUAAAUGGAAAAUAAGUUUGAACUGCUGCCAUGCAAUUAAGAAUACAGAACAUGAGUGUUGGCCAGAAUAUCUGAAUCUGAUGGGCUUCACAGCAAAAGAAAUUGGGAUUAUUGAUGAGAAUUGCAAGAUCAACUAAGCUUUGGAAACCAAGUUAAUCUAUUUAAAUAAAAUAAUGUGUGGGUUUUCAUGUUGUUAUAUGUUGAAUUUCCUGAGUGUUUGUGAUGAAGAUGACUGAGAUGCUUCAUUGAAUUUUAUUUUCUGUCAAAGUUAUAUCAUAUUAAUGCCCUCGAUAAUUAAUUAGGGGGUUUAAGCUAUGCUACUUUUAAUAUAAUUGACUCAUGUACUCUCUCUUAACA